AUGGAGUUCGAUUUGAAAAGCAGUCCGAGGGCGAAGAACACGGCUACAGCGAAGGACAUUUGCGCCUGCUUCGUGAUUCAUUUCAAGAAUCGACCUAUCGAUAUAGCAUCUUUCAGAGAGGCAGAUACAAAAGUCGUGCAAGAGCAUGAGGCCUUGAUCCAAGAAAUCGUGGAAAAAACUUUGAGGCCGACAGUGAAUGUCCUGAGGGAUGGCAUUAUGCAGGCCUUUGAGAUAAGCAAAGACGAUGCACAGGAAAUUGCCAAGAAGAUCUGCUCCUGCUUCGUUCUUGCUCGAAGCAAGAUGCAGAGCACCUCCACUGGCAAGAAAUUGGAGCCAGCGCUCUGGAGGCUUGUGCAGAGGCUUAAGAGUUUGUCCGACACUUGCAAUUCUUCGCCGAAAGCAUCUAGUUCGAAGGCCAGUUCUCACGAAGUUCCAUCGACAUCCAGGGCUUCCAACUUGAAGAAGAGGUUGUUGUUCUCUCCUGAGAGGAGAGUGAGACGCAAGACGGCUGCACGUCCCGAGUCCGCCAAAGAGAUUUUGUCGGUUUAUGGACUUAAUCGGACAGAUGCAGAGGAGGAGGUUAAAGAUGCAGACGUCGAGCUUGCAGACGAAGCUGGCGAUGUUGAUGACUUUGGUGUUAUUCAUGACAGCCAAAGCGAAAUUGAAAUCUGCUCGUCGGAAAAUGAGGAGCCGGCCGCAGCGAAGACCAAAGGACGAGCAAAGAAGGCUUAUUUUGACCCUGCGGCUGGAUGCUACAUCAGACUCAAUCCAGAUGGCCAAGAAGUGAGAGGAGAACUUUCCGAGGGACCUGAGGGGUUCUGCAUGGUUCGCUUUCCAUCUGAAAUGCCAUUCCAAUCGGAGGUGCCGAAUUUAUGGCUUGCUCAGAUGAAUGAAGGCAAAAAAGGCCCGAAGCUGAAACGAGCUCGUGGGAAAGCUAAAGCCAAAGCGAAGGGCAAGUGUAAGCAGUCGUCCGCCCCGGAGGAGCAUGAAGCACCGGAUUCCGAAGCUGCUCCUGCUGAGGAGUCUCCUGAUGCAGCAAGCGAUUCUGGUCCUGACAAAAAGCUCGAGGCGGCGAGGCCUGAAAUUUCUGCAGCCAGUCAUGCACUCCUGUUCAAUGGCUAUGAUAUCACAGGAAUGCCAGAAGAGGCUCAGCCACCGGCCGAUGCUUCGGGCAAGCACUCUUACACUGUUCGACUGGCGGACGGGAUCGCCAUUGACGUCCUUGUGAGGAACAAGGCUUUCUGGAUCAAGAAGCCAACAGAAUGCCGAUCCCAGUACUCCUGGUCGCAGUACGACAAUUUAGCAGAUGCUUGGAGUCUGGCGGCAGCAGCUGCGAUCCCGGUCGAUCUUCAAAUUCAGAUCGAGGAUUCGACGGUUGUGCAGCUGCGAUUGCUCGAUAUCUUUUUUGAGCCUGGUAGCUCUGCAGCUAUGUUGAGCAAGUCGCAGCGGCAGGAUGCACCGGAGGCCCUGCAGGACAUUCGUAUGUGUCCCAAAUGUGGGACCCGGUCCUACCUUAAAAAGAGGACCUGCGUCAAUAUUAUGUGCCAGUGGUAUUGGAUGCGGCAGGAGCCCAAUACCAACUUGUGGGCACGAGGGCCCAUUCAGAGUGAGGAUCCAUCGUCGGGGUCCUUGGGCUCUUCGAGCAAACGAUCCUGGAGUUGGUCAUCGUGGAAAAACAGCGGCUAUGCUGACGGUGUGUACCAGAACAAGUUUGAGCAACAACUCCAAGACGUCCUCGACGAGGAGGAAUCGGAGCCAGAUGCCCCCUUGGAAGGGGGCGACGACCCGGAGGUUCAGGUUGUGGCUGCUCGGGAAGGCGACGGGCCACGGAUCGAGGAGGUCGUGUCCAGCGACGAAGAGGCGAAUGCCUUCAUCUUCGGCUUGGAGAAGAAAAACCAAGUGAGCUCUUAUUCCGAGUAUGAGGAGGCCCGCCAUGCAUGGGAAAGCGCUUCCCAGGAGCACAAGGCGGGGCAUGGUUUGAGGGCAGCCAUAAAGCUGGAGAAGGAGCAUAGCUAUGGCUCGGAGAAGGCUGCAUCGGCAGCCCAAGUGGCCCUUGAGGAGGGCCAAAAGUGGCAGAGGCUUCAGGCCAAGGGUGCUGCUUCGGAGAGGUUUGCAAAAGCAGUGGAAAAACGGCGCUUUGUGCCUGUGAAAGCAGAGCCGCCGGUGCAGGAUGACAUGUAUAUGCAGUAUGGGCAAGCUCCUGUGGAGGAGCCAAGCACCGGGGCCGGUGACACUGCUGAGCAAAGCACGGCUGCGAAUGAGCAAAGUACCCGUGAGGAUACUUGGGACCGUGGCGAUUAUUCAAGCUAUGGCCGUGGCUGGAAGAAGCAUCAGCAGUCGAGCUCCAGCUGGGAGAGGGCCGGCCCGCAGAGUGGCAGAAACCAGGAUGCCAUGCAGAAGUACAAUGAGUGGGAAGAGAGGAUGGAUAAAAAAUCCCAGGCUUAUUGGGGCUCGGAUCGAUGGCAGCGAGACUAUGCCUCUCAGGACCAACAGCAGUCUUUCAAGAAGAGCAAAGGCAAGAAAAGAAAAUUGUGGCUCGCCAGCCAGAUUGAGACUCUGAAGCAGGAGGGCAGAUGGGUCGGAGGAGCUCCGUCGGAAUCCUCCAAGAAGCUUCGUUUGGUCCGUGAGGCCGAGGCGAAGCAGAUUGCAGGCCAACGAGCCGGUCAGGGGGACGGUGGUGCAGCUGAGGAGCCAGCUGCAGUGGAUGCGGGUCCUGACGAGGCUCAGGAGGAGCCCGGCUUGGUGGAUACCUGGCAGAGCUUCCAAUCCAUGGUGCAGGGAGCCGAAAGCAUUGAGCACGUGAUUGGCCUGGAUGAAUCCUACAAGCGCCUGAAGAAUAACCAAGCGGAAACACAGGCAGAGCAGCCGGCUGCAGAGGUGCGGAUCCGCAGAGCGACCAUUCUCCUCCGCAUUGGCAUCGACAGCUAUACCCAGCCAGGCUCGAUUGUGGAUGAAACAGCAACUGAGCUGGCACAUGGGAGGCAUGAGGCAGCGACCUGUGCUUCAUUUGCCGUUGUUCGCUUUGCAGCUGAUGAGAAGGCUUUUCACGACCCGGUGGGCGGCAAAGGUCCGCAGAACAGCAGGAUGGCCAAGGCCAUGGCUGCAAAGAGCAAGGCCGCCAAGGCUAAGGUUAAGCACGAAAAGGUGACCCCCAAGAGGAAAGCCAAGGCUGCCAAGGUGGAGCUCGGUGAUGCGGCCGAGGAAGACGAUGAUUCAACGGCACCGAGCGGCUUGGGGUAUGCUCGGGGCACAAUUUCAGCUGCUUUGACCGGGCUUCGCUAUCAGCUCAAAGCUAAAAAAACUACGGACGAAGAGAAACAAAACGCCCAAAAAGUGCUCGAGGAGUACGAGGCGGGGGACAUUGCCACCAAGAGAGAGAUAUUGAGCAAGGUCUCACAGUUCGGCGUCCGUCAGUGUAAUUGGGUACACGAUUUGGUCAAGACGACGGCAAUUUUCAAGCUGGAGGGCAUCGAUGAAAGCGACUUGGAGGAAGAUAUGAAGAAGGAUCUGCUGGAAGAGCUGAUGCCCGAAGCCGAAAAGCGGUACGGCUAUGAGAGAUCGACGAAAAUUCACCCCAAGUUCGAGGUGCUCAGCAAGUACUUCUACAUGCACUCGAAAGGCCAGGUGGCCCGCCAGGCCACUAAGACGGAGGAGUCCCUGGGAAGCCAUUGUUCCGGCAUGAAGAACUUGCAGUUGAAGGACAAGAGGUCCCUCGACAUCAUGUUGGGCAAGAGUGCGGCAAGCUCCAGUUCCAAGGAUCCGGCUUUGCAGCCGAGCCAGAGCCAUACCCUGGCGAAAGAUCUUUUGAAGAAGAUCGUGGCCGAGAAGAGAAAGCUGACCCAAAACAACGAGGAGCUGAAGUCUUUGAAGACCAAGAUUUCCACGAAGUACAGCGGGGACAAAACAUGGGAUAAUCGCAAGGACGACGUCGAUCAGGCGAUCGCAUUUCUCGAGGACUUCUUGGGUGUUCUUCGCCAGCACGAGGCCGAGAGUGUGCCGGCGGAUGUUACUUCCGAUUGCACCGAGCUUGUGGCCACCUUUCACACUGUCGUCGACCAGGCUGCCAACCACGACAAAGGCAGCAAGGCCUUGCUCAAGAAAGUCAAUGGCCUGAUGGAGUGA